AUGAUAUAUCUUUCUGCUCUUUCUCUGCUCCUUCUUGGAAGCCGAACACUUGCUCAAGACACAGAUGACAUCCUCCAAUAUGUCGACCCUUUGAUCGGCGCAAGCAACGGUGGAAAUGUCUUCCCGGGAGCCUCACUCCCAUAUGGCAUGGCCAAGGCUGUGGCCGACACUAACAGCACCUCAAACCAAGGCGGCUUUACUCUGGAUGGUGCCCCCGUUACUGGCUUCAGCAUGAUGCAUGACAGCGGUACCGGUGGCAGUCCAUCGUUGGGAAACUUUGCUCUGUUUCCUUACACCAGCUGCCCCGGAGGAGACAUCAACCGAUGCGCAUUUCCCAAAAAGACGCGAGCCAAAUUUGGUGGCUUUGACAAUUCGAGCGUCUCUGCCAGACCUGGGACAUUUGGAAUCACCCUAAACAUUGGCAUCCGGGCAGACAUGACGGCUACUCAGCAUACCGCUCUAUUCAGAUUCACGUUCCCUGAAAACAGCACCAUUGGUGAAGCAGCGCGACCACUGAUUCUGCAAGAUCUAACUGAUCUGUCAAACUCGAGGCAGGACAACGGAACAGUAUCAGUCAAUGAGAAGACUGGCCGUAUUACGGGAACCGCUCGUUUCCUGCCCAGCUUUGGUCAGGGGAACUACAUCCUCUACUUCUGUACCGACUUCUCUGGUGCCGAGAUAUUGGAUAACGGCAUCUUUGCGGACAGCAGAGCCAGCACCUCCGUCAAGAACAUGACUAUCUCAAGAUCGAUCAAUGGCUAUCCUCUGCCGGGCGGUGCAUUCGUGAGGUUCAAAUCCGGGGCCAAGCCAAUUGUUGCGAGAACCGCAACGAGUUUCAUUGGUGUCGAGCAAGCGUGCAGACAUGCCGAGUCUGAAAUCCCCGACUUUAACUUUGAUCGGAUCUCGAAGGCAGCAACAGAGCAGUGGAAGGUCAAGAUGGGCGGAAUCAGGGUCUCAACGAAGGGCGUUGAUAAAUCUUUGGUCACCAACUUCUACAGUGGCACCUACCGCACUUAUAUCAACCCGCAGAACUAUACGGGUGAAAAUCCGUUGUGGUCCAGCGGCGAGCCUUACUUUGACUCCUUCUACUGCAUAUGGGAUCUUUUCCGAUCUCAGCUCCCGUUUCUCACCAUCACGGACCCGACGACAGUCACUCAGAUGAUUCGCUCCCUUAUUGACACGUAUCGACACGUGGGAUGGCUUCCUGACUGCAGAAUGAGUUUGAAUAAAGGCUAUACACAGGGUGGCUCAAAUGCCGAUGUUGUACUAGCAGAUGCAUACAUCAAAGGACUUAAAGGAGGCAUCAACUGGGAGGAUGGCUACGCCGCUGUUGUCAAAGAUGCCGAGGUCGAGCCAUUCGACUGGUGCUGCCAGGGACGCGGCGGCCUCGACAGCUGGCAUACUCUCGGUUACAUACCCGUCCAAGAUUUCGACUGGAAAGGCUUCGGAACAUUGACGCGCUCCAUCUCCCGUACACUCGAAUACGCCUACAACGACUUCUGCAUCGCCGAAAUGGCCAAGGUCUCCGGCAGAACCACGGACCAGAAGAAGUACACUCUCUCCAGCAGCAACUGGCGCAACCUCUACAAAGAAAACCAGACCUCUCUCUGGUGGAACGGCACCGACACCGGCUUCACUGGCUUUUUUGAACCUCGCUAUCUCAACGGCACCUGGGGCUAUCAGAACCCCCUAAACUGCUCCAACCACGACAAUUUCAGCGUCUGCUCCCUUCAAAACAACGGACCCGAGACGUUCGAGUCCUCCAUCUGGGAAUACGGCUUCUACGUGCCCCACGACCAGGCUACGCUGAUCAGUUUGUACGGCGGCCCAGCCCGCUUCGUCGACCGCCUGAACUAUCUCCACGACCAGAACAUCACAUACAUCGGCAACGAGCCGUCCUUCCUCACCGUCUUCCAGUAUCACUACGCUGGACGGCCAGCUCUCUCCGCCAAACGAGCCCACUAUUACAUCCCCGAGUUCUUCCGCACCACGCCCGACGGACUGCCGGGCAACGACGACAGCGGCGCCAUGGGCUCCUUCGUGGCUUUCGCCAUGAUGGGCCUCUUUCCCAACCCGGGACAGAACGUGUACCUGAUCACUUCGCCGUUUUUUUGA